AUGAGCCUCCGUCUGCCUCUCCGGGGUGGGGGCAAAUUCGCCACCAUCAUCAGCGCCUACGCUCCGCCGAUGAGUAGUCCCGACGCCGCCGCAAGAGACAAAUUCUACGAGGACCUACACGCACUCCUGGCGGCUGUGCCGAAGGCGGACAAGUUGGUUGUCCUUGGCGACUUCAACGCCCGCGUCGGCACAGACCAUACUGCCUGGAGAGGAGUGCUGGGUCCCCAUGGUCUCCGCUGCUCAAACGACAAUAGUCUGCUGCUCCUCCGAACCUGCGCAGAACACCGCUUCAUCCUGACGAACACCUUCUUCUGUCUACUGGAGCGAGAGAAGGCCACCUGGAGGCAUCCUCAGUCGCGUCAUUGGCACCUACUGGACUGUAUCCACGUCCGUAGGCGAGAUCAGCGGGACGUGCUGGUGACAAAGGCGAUCGCGGGUGCUGACGGGUGGACUGACCAUUGCCUCGUCAUCUCGAAGAUGCGUAUUCGCCUACAGCCUCACAGGAGACCACAAGGUAAGCGACCCCCAGGUCAGCUGAAUAUUGCCUUUUUAUCUUUGCCAGCUCACCAUCUCCAUUACAGCAAUGAGCUAGCUCAAUGGCUAGACAACCUUUCUAUCGCUGCCGCCACCGACGCCGCCGCCGCUACCUCCGUGGAGAACCGCUAG